AUGGUGUCUGCUGGAAGCGAGAAUCCUACGUUUACUGCGACGCGCACCUUUGCGCACAUGCCGAAAGGCGUCGUGAAAGGCGGCAAGGAGGAGCUCAAGCUCAACUACCCCGCGCUGCUGCAUGACAAGUCGUACAUCAAUGGCAAGUGGGUCGAUGCCAAGAGUGGCAAGACGCAGCCCGUGUACAACAAGGCGACGCAGCAAGAGAUCCGCACGAUCCCCGACCAGGGCAAGGCGGACACGGAAGAGGCGAUCGACGCCGCGUACGCUGCCUUUGCUACGUGGUCGAAGCGCACGCCGAAAGAGCGCCAUGAUCUUCUCAUGGAACUCUACCGCAAGCUCCAGGAGCACGCCGAUGACCUCGCGCACAUCAUUGUCGCCGAGAACGGCAAGUCGCUGGCGGAUGCCAAGGCCGAGGUGGCGUACAGCAACUCGUUCGUCGAGUGGUUCGCAGAAGAGGCGCUGCGUGUGUACGGCCGCACGGUCCCCUCGCCAGUGGGCAGCGUGCGCAACGUCGUGAUCCGCCAGCCGGUCGGUGUCGCGGGCCUGAUUGCGCCGUGGAACUUCCCCCUGGGCAUGAUCACCCGCAAGGUCGGCCCCGCGCUUGCUGCCGGCUGCACGGUGGUGAUCAAGGCCCCUCAUGAGGCUCCUUUUAGCGCGUUUGCCCUCGCGCAGCUCGCCGAAGAGGUCGGCAUCCCCGCCGGUGUCCUCAACGUGCUCGUCUCGGCGCGUGGCGAGAACGAGUCGCAGAUGGGCCUGACGCUGUGCGAGAGCCCCAAGGUGCGCAAGAUCUCCUUCACCGGAAGCACGCGUGUCGGCAAGCUGCUCAUGGGCCAGAGCGCGAACACGCUCAAGAAGCUGUCGAUGGAGCUCGGCGGCAACGCGCCGUUUAUCGUCUUUGACGACGCGGACGUGAGCCUCGCGGUGGACAAUGCGAUUGCGUGCAAGUUCCGUGGCGGCGGCCAGACGUGUAUCUCGGCGAACCGCAUCUAUGUGCAGGAUGCCGUCUUUGACAAGUUCUCCAAGGCCCUCGCUGCCAAGGUCGCCGACUUCAAGGUCGGCUACGGCAUGGACAAGGACGUGCGUAUCGGGCCGUUGGUCAACGAGGCGGGCCAGAAAAAGGUCAGCGAGCACGUUGCCAAGAUCAAAGAGGCCGGCGGCGAGAUCCUCGUCGGUGGUGAGAAGGGCGAGGGCCUCUUUUUCGAGCCUACGGUCGCGGUCGCCCCGCAAGGCAAGCACAUGCCUACGGACGACGAAGAAACCUUUGGCCCCCUCGCUGUGCUCUACCGCUUCUCGACCGAGGACGAAGUGCUGGAGCACGCGAACGACGCGUCGGUCGGCCUCGCAGGCUACUUCUUCAGCAAGGACGUGACGCGCUGCUUCCGUGUCGGCGAGGCGCUGCAAGUCGGCAUGAUCGGCAUCAACACCGGCAUGAUCUCGCAAAACACGAUCCCCUUUGGCGGUGUGAAGGAGAGCGGCUUUGGCCGCGAGGGCGGCCCGACAGGUAUCAACGAGUACCUCGUCGAAAAGGCGCUCGUCUUUGGCGACAUCCAAUAA